UCGGGUGGUGUCCAGGAGGAAAAUUUGUUUUCUUCUAUGUGAAUUCCGUCAGAUCAAUAAAGCGUUGGUGACAGCAGCACGACGGCUUUCAUUAAACACAACGCAGAGGCUACACCGGUUACAUGUAUACUUGUCUGUUUACACAUUUGUAAAAUUGAAUGAUAAUUAACAUGAAAACUAUGGCAGAUGAAAACAUCAAACGAUGAGAAUCAACUCAGAUAGAGAACAACCAGAUAACCUUCCCUAAUUGGCACCUGAUCACCAGCUCUUGUAGAAACGAGAGUGUGAUGCGCCAGUUGCAAAGCUGAAGUUGGAUGAAUCCCUUCAUCUCCCUCCCUGUUGUACAUCCCACAACCCCCCUCCCCUCCCUGCCCCGGAGCCAGAACUCAUCUCUUCUUCUCGUAGGUAAUUCCAGACGGUGGAUGAACCUCUUGGCUGGCAACUGCUGCAGCUUCAGAGUUGCUGCCCCUCUCCUUUUUCCGCCCUCCUGGGUCUCCUCCCUAUCUCUCCCUCUCCUCUCUCUCACCCACACGCACGCGGUACCUCCUCAACGCCGAGGCUGACGCGAGUGCCCGCAGACGGAGUGCGGACCUCGGAGUGUCGUUACGCGCAUCUUGGGGUUUUUUUCCAGACAGCCUGCCUCACAUUUCUUCCCUAUCCCAACACAGAAAGGACGAGUGUCUGUGGAGCUCUCCUGUACCAUGCUGUGCCAUUUGACAGGGCUUUCAUCACGUGGCAUUUAUUCCUCUUCUAACACUUGUCUGUGACGAUGGUUCUUGUCAAAGAGCGGUCAAGUUUAGGAAAAAUAAAGAGGGAAAAUUGAAGUUUUGUCGUUGCUUUGCUCCGCUGAGGAUCCCGCAGCUGCUGCAGGUGAUUUGGUGAUUGGUGCAGGAGGGAAACUGCGUCGCCAGGUCUGACAGCCUGGGAUUUCUUUUUUGGGUCAUACAACAAGACCUGCUUUUAAAGAUAACAAGGUUUCCAUUGGCGUUGUCGAAUGGCUACAGUUGUAUUUCUUUAAAUGAUUCUACGGCUCCACAGCUUGCCCUGACGCGUCGGCGUUUGGAUGCGGGUUGUUGUCUGCUCGUACACGGUAUUUAAUGUUGGCACAAAUUUCAACAGGGUACCGGUAUGCGCGUCUUCCCGGGGAUCUCUGCUGAAUUCCAUCCACAGACCACUGUCAGGUGAAGAUCACACUACAGAGGCGCAGAUUACAAGGAAUUUUACUUCACCGCCCCACUGAUGGACUAGAAACAGAAGAUCCGGUUUCUAGGAUUUGUAACUCUGGCCGCUCUGACUCGCAGAGCCUUGCUUUUCAUAUUUUGGGGGAAAUAAUAUUUGGACACCAUGAAUGUUCUCUUGGUCAUGCUGCUUGUUGUCGUAUUUUGGAGCCAGCAGUGGAAGUCUGUGCUGUCGGAUUCAGUCAUCCACAUCGGUGCCAUCUUUGAUGAGUCAGCAAGAAAAGAUGACGAGGUGUUACGCCUGGCUGUGGCAGAUCUGAACCUGAACAAUGAAAUCUUGGAGACAGAGAAGGUGACCAUCUCUGUGGCCUUCGUCGAUGGGAACAACCCUUUCCAGGCCGUGCAGGAAGCCUGUGAGUUGAUGAACCGUGGUAUCUUGGCCCUGGUCAGUUCAAUAGGCUGCAUGUCGGCAGGCAGCCUUCAGACCUUGGCUGAUGCCAUGCACAUCCCCCACCUCUUCAUCCAGCGUUCCACAGCGGGAACACCCCGCUCUGCAUGCCCGCCCACCAGUCGCAUCCCAGGAUCAGAUGACUACACCCUAAUGGUGCGCCCCCCUGUCUAUCUUAAUGAGGUCAUCAUGCAAGUGGUUUAUGAGUACAGCUGGCAGAAGUUCAUCCUCUUCUACGACUCUGAUUUUGAUAUCCGUGGUAUUGAGGAUUUCCUGGACCGGACAUCUCAGCAGGGAAUAGACAUAUCCCUGCAGAAGGUGGAAUCCAACAUCAACAUGAUGAUCACAAGUCUGUUCAGAAUCAUGAGAGUGGAAGAGCUGCAUCGAUACAGAGACACACUACGCCAAGCCGUGUUAUUCAUGAGCCCAGCAACUGCCAAGGCUUUCAUCACUGAGGUGGUGGAAACCAACCUGGUGGCUUUCGAUUGUCACUGGAUCCUGAUUAAUGAGGAGAUCUCAGACUACGACUUGCAGGAGCUGGUUAUGAAGUCAAUCGGUCGACUGACUCUGGUGCGGCAGACGUUCCCUAUGCCUCAGAACACAACUCAGCGCUGUGUCAAACCCAACCACAGGAUUAACACUUCUGUCUGUGACCCUAAGAACCCCAGGGCGCAGCAGCUGGAGAUCAGCAACCGCUACAUCUAUGACACCGUUUUGCUGCUGGCCAAUACUUUCCACAGAAAGUUGGAGGACAGGAAGUGGCACAGCAUGGCCAGUCUGAGCUGCAUCAGAAAGAACUCCAAGUCGUGGCAAGGAGGGAAGAGUAUGCUGGAUACAAUUAAGAAGUUUGGUGUCAGUGGCCUGACAAGUUUCUUGGAGUUCACAGACAAUGGUACCAACCCCAACAUCGUUUUCGAAAUCCUUGGAACGAAUUAUGGAGAAGACAGAGGAAGAGGAGUCAGUAGGCUCGCCCUGUGGGAUCCAGUACACGGCUUGAACGGCUCAUUAACCGACAGGAAACUGGAGAACAACAUGAAGGGUGUGGUACUUCGUAUUGUGACUGUCUUGGAGGAGCCAUUUGUAAUGGUGUCAGAAAAUGUUUUGGGGAAACCAAAGAAGUACCAGGGCUUCUCCAUCGAUGUGCUGGAUGCCUUGGCCAACUACCUGGGCUUUAAGUAUGAGAUCUACAUCUCUCCGGACCACAAAUAUGGGAGCCUGCAGCCUGAUGGUCAGUGGAAUGGAAUGAUCGGAGAACUGGUCUUCAAGCGAGCAGAUGUUGGACUUUCUGCCCUAACCAUCACACCUGAGCGGGAAAGUGUGGUGGACUUAACCACACGUUACAUGGAUUACUCUGUGGGUGUUCUGUUGCGUAAGGCUGAGCGCACCGUGGACAUGUUCGCCUGCCUGGCACCUUUUGAUCUGUCACUGUGGGCAUGCAUUGCCGGCACUGUGCUUCUCGUCGGCAUUCUGGUUUACCUGCUCAACUGGCUCAACCCUCCCCAGUUACCAAUGGGCUCGGUGUCCUCCACAACUCUGUACAACUCCAUGUGGUUUGUCUACAGCUCCUUUGUACAGCAAGGUGGCGAGGUGCCCUACACAACUCUGGCGACGAGGAUGAUGAUGGGUGUUUGGUGGAUGUUUGCUCUGAUCGUCAUCUCAUCAUACACAGCAAACCUUGCAGCAUUCCUCACCAUCACACGUAUAGAGAACUCCAUACAGUCUCUACAGGACUUGUCCCGACAGACAGAGUUGCCUUAUGGUACAGUGUACGACUCUGCGGUUUAUAAUCAAGUCCGUGCCAAGGCUCUGAACCCCUUUGAGAGAGACCCGAUGUACGCCCAGAUGUGGCGAAUGAUUAACCACACUGGAGGAGUGGACAAUAAUGUUGAGGAGUCCAAAGAAGGCAUUCUGAAGGGGGUGAAGCUGGACAGACCUGGCAGACCCAAGCGCAUUGUAAGGGUCUGUUGGGAACGUCUGGCGGAAUCCCCGGUAAGGAUGGCCUUCAACUCCCACCAUCGGGAGAGCUUUGACCAGGACCUGCAGCAUGCACUGGGGUGGUUCGCAGCCGAGUGUGAAGCUGCUGAGAUGAGAAUCAGCACCGAGGCCAUGGUUCUCGACCAGAAAAAGGUGGUUUGCACCCUCCAGGUUGGGGAGGAGAUCCUGCCUCAGGGUUAG